UCUCCGCCCUGCCCGGCUGCAGUACCGUCCCCCCCGCAUGGAGCAGUGCCGGGGGCCCCGCCGGCGAUAGCGGGCCGCCCUGACCGUGCGUGCGUGUAGCGAGGACGGGAGUGACCGCGGGCCGUCGUCUCGUCAGUGUCGUGGGGGGGUUUUACUCGCUGAAGUCGGGGCUGUGGCAGCCAUGAGCUCCGGGGAAGGAGCGGAGGAGCCGAGCAGGGACGCCGCGGAGCCGAGCGCCAGGACCGAUGGAUCCCUCCCUAAAGAACCAAAAGGAGAUGUGUCGGGCCAGAUAGCAGGCUUUAGGAGAAAUGAGGAGAUGAGAGCAAUGGAGGUGCUUCCCAUCCUCAAAGAAAAAGUUGCCUUUCUGUCAGGUGGAAGAGACAGACGUGGGGGUCCGGUUUUAACGUUUCCAUCACGCAGCAACCACGACAGAAUACGAGCUGAUGAUCUACGGAGACUGAUUGCCUACCUCGCUGGCAUCCCGAGCGAGGAUGUGUGUAAACAUGGCUUCACGGUCAUUGUUGACAUGCGUGGCUCCAAGUGGGACAGCAUCAAGCCUCUGCUGAAGAUCCUGCAGGAGUCGUUCCCCUCCUGCAUCCACGUCGCCCUCAUCAUCAAACCAGAUAACUUCUGGCAGAAGCAGAGGACUAACUUUGGUAGCUCGAAGUUUGAAUUUGAGACCACCAUGGUGUCACUAGAGGGCCUGACGAAGGUCGUGGACCCGUCCCAGCUGACGGCGGAUUUCGACGGCAGCCUGGACUACAAUCACGAGGAGUGGAUAGAGGUGCGCGUGGCCUUUGAGGAGUUCUCUGGUCAUGCCACUCAGAUGUUGGCUCGACUAGAGGAGAUGCAGGAAACCGUGUCAAGGAAAGACUUUCCACAAGACCUGGAGGGAGCUCGGCGGAUGAUAGAGGAGCACGCCACGCUAAAGAAGAAGGUCAUAAAAGCUCCUAUAGAAGAGCUGGACACUGAGGGACAAAGGUUGCUCCAGCGCAUUCAGAGCAGCGAGCCUUACCCCAACCGCAGCGGCAACAGCGGGGGAGGCGGCGGCAGCGGUGGCAGCGGCGGCGUAUGCAACGCAGACACCCAGGGUCUGGUGCCCCGGAUCAGCCAGCUGCUGGACAAACUGCACUCCACCCGGCAGCACCUCCACCAGGCCUGGCAUGUUCGCAAGCUCCAGCUGGACCAGUGCUUCCAGCUCCGCCUGUUUGAGCAGGAUGCAGAGAAGAUGUUUGACUGGAUCAUGCACAACAAGGGCUUGUUCCUGGCCGGCUACACCGACAUCGGCAACAACCACCCCCACGCCGUAGAACUGCAAACCCAGCACAACCACUUUGCGAUGAACUGCAUGAAUGUCUACGUGAACAUAAACCGGAUCGUGUCAGUUGGCACCCGCCUUCUGGAUUCGGGUCACUACGCCUCCCAGCAGAUCAAGCAGAUCUCAAGCCAGCUGGAGCAGGAGUGGAAAGCCUUCGCCGCCGCGCUGGACGAACGCAGCACGCUGCUAGAGAUGUCAGCCAGCUUCCACCAGAAAUGUGACCAGUACAUGAGUAACGUGGACUCGUGGUGUAAAGCGUGCGGUGAGGUGGAUUUGCCCUCUGAGCUCCAGGACCUGGAAGAUGCCAUCCACCAUCAUCAAGGCCUGUACGAACACAUCACCGCUGCAUACUCCGAGGUGAGCCAAGAUGGAAAAGCCCUAUUGGACAAGCUGCAGCGACCUCUGACACCAGGCGGUGCUGAUUCCCUCACAGCAUCUGCAAACUAUUCCAAGGCAGUGCACCAUGUCCUGGACAUCAUCCACGAGGUGCUGCAUCACCAGAGGCAGCUGGAAAAUAUCUGGCAACACCGUAAAGUGCGACUCCAUCAGCGUUUGCAGCUCUGCGUCUUUCAACAGGACGUUCAACAGGUGUUGGACUGGAUAGAGAACCACGGUGAGGCGUUUCUCAGCAAACACACAGGUGUAGGAAAGUCCCUGCACCGAGCCCGAGCUCUGCAGAAACGCCAUGAGGACUUUGAGGAAGUGGCACAGAAUACCUACACCAAUGCCGACAAGCUGCUGGAGGCGGCCGAGCAGCUGGCCCAGACGGGAGAGUGCGACCCAGAGGAGAUCUACCAGGCCGCCCACCAGCUCGAAGACAGGAUCCAAGACUUUGUUCGCCGCGUGGAACAGCGCAAAGUCCUGCUGGACAUGUCUGUCGCCUUCCAUACGCAUGUCAAAGAGCUGUGGACGUGGCUGGAGGAGCUCCAGAAGGAGCUGCUGGACGACGUUUACGCCGAGUCGGUGGAGGCCGUGCAGGACCUGAUCAAGCGAUUUGGCCAACAGCAGCAGACCACACUACAGGUCACUGUCAACGUCAUCAAGGAGGGAGAGGACCUCAUCCAGCAGCUCAGGGACUCUGCCAUCUCCAGCAACAAGACGCCCCACAACAGCUCCAUCAACCACAUCGAGAGCGUCCUCCAGCAGCUGGAUGAGGCCCAGGCACAGAUGGAGGAGCUGUUCCAGGAGAGGAAGAUCAAACUGGAGCUCUUCCUGCAGCUUCGCAUCUUUGAGCGGGACGCCAUUGAUAUUAUCUCGGACCUGGAGUCCUGGAACGAGGAGCUGACAGGUCAGAGGAACGAUUUCGACACGGAGGACCUGACGCUGGCCGAGCAGAGGCUCCAGCAUCAUGCUGACAAGGCCCUGACCAUGAACAACCUCACCUUUGACGUCAUCCACCAAGGGCAGGAGCUGCUGCAGUAUGUCAACGAGGUCCAGGCAUCUGGUGUGGAGCUGCUGUGUGAUCGGGAUGUGGACAUGGCUACACGUGUCCAGGACUUGCUGGAGUUCCUCCAUGAAAAGCAGCAGGAGCUGGAUUUAGCAGCUGAGCAGCAUCGCAGGCACCUGGAGCAGUGUGUCCAGCUGAGACACCUGCAGGCUGAAGUCAAGCAGGUCCUUGGCUGGAUCCGAAAUGGCGAGUCGAUGCUGAAUGCUGGUAUGAUUACAGCCAGCUCCCUUCAGGAAGCUGAACAACUGCAGCGAGAACAUGAACAGUUUCAGCAUGCAAUUGAGGUAACAAUGUUUAAUGAUGGAAUUUCACACAGAUUGCACAUCGCUUGGGUGAUUUUAAUCUUUGUUUUUUCAUUUCAUCCACUGCAGAAAACCCAUCAGAGUGCUCUGCAGGUUCAGCAGAAGGCCGAGGCUCUGCUCCAGGCCAACCACUAUGACAUGGACCUGAUCAGAGACUGUGCAGAGAGCGUGGCUUCACACUGGCAGCAGCUCAUGCUCAAGAUGGAGGACCGGCUCAAGCUGGUCAACGCCUCCGUGGCCUUCUACAAGACCUCUGAACAGGUGUGCAGCGUGCUGGAGAGCCUGGAGCAGGAGUACAAGAGAGAGGAGGACUGGUGCGGAGGAGCCGACAAACUGGGACCCAACUGUGAGACGGAUCACGUCACCCCCAUGAUCAGUAAGCACCUGGAGCAGAAGGAGGCUUUCCUCAAGGCGUGCACUCUGGCAAGAAGAAAUGCAGACGUGUUCCUUAAGUACAUGCACAGGAAUAGUGUCAACAUGCCCGGGAUGCUGAGCCACGUCAAAGGACCAGAACAGCAAGUCAAAAACAUCCUCAACGAGCUCCUGCAGCGAGAGAACCGUGUUCUCCAUUUCUGGACGAUGAGGAAACGGCGGCUGGACCAGUGUCAGCAGUAUGUGGUCUUUGAACGCAGUGCCAAACAGGCUCUGGAGUGGAUUCAUGACACUGGGGAGUUUUACCUGUCCACACACACGUCCACCGGCUCGAGCAUCCAUCACACGCAGGAGCUCCUGAAGGAGCACGAAGACUUCCACAUCACAGCCAAGCAAACCAAGGAGCGCGUGAAGCUGCUGAUCCAGCUGGCCGACGGCUUCUGCGAGAAAGGGCACAGUCACGCCAUUGAGAUAAAGAAAUGGGUGACAGCUGUGGACAAACGCUACCGAGACUUCUCCCUGCGUAUGGACAAGUACCGCUGCAGUCUGGAGAAAGCCCUGGGCAUCUCCCCAGACUCCAACAAAGCAAGUAAAGAUCUGCAGCUGGACAUCAUUCCAGCCACUGCUCCGGGGUCCGACGUCAAGCUGAGGGAUGCUGCUGCACACGAGCUCAAUGAGGAGAAGCGCAAAUCAGCACGGAGGAAGGAGUUCAUCAUGGCAGAGCUGAUUCAGACGGAAAAAACCUACGUCCGAGACCUGCACGAGUGCAUGGAGAACUAUCUGUGGAGCAUGACCAGCUUAGGUGAUGAGAUUCCUCCAGGGAUUGUCAACAAGGAACACAUCAUCUUUGGAAACAUGCAGGACCUCUAUGAAUUUCAUCAUAACAUCUUUCUCAAAGAACUGGAGAAAUAUGAACAGCUACCAGAGGAUGUUGGUCAUUGCUUCGUUACGUGGGCUGAUAAGUUCCAGAUGUAUGUGAACUACUGUAAAAACAAGCCUGACUCCACUCAGCUCAUACUAGAACACGCUGGGAACUUCUUUGAUAAAAUCCAAAUAGACCGCAAUCUGGCCAACUCCAUCUCCUCGUAUCUGAUCAAGCCAGUGCAGAGAAUCACCAAGUAUCAGCUCCUGUUAAAGGAGCUGCUGACUUGCUGCGAAGAGGGUAAAGGAGAGAUAAAAGACGGCCUGGAGGUGAUGCUCAGUGUUCCCAAGAAAGCCAAUGAUGCCAUGCAUCUCUCUAUGCUGGAAGGAUUUGACGAAAACAUAGAGUCACAAGGUGAACUCAUUCUCCAGGAUUCAUUCCACGUCUGGGAUCCGAAGACUCUGAUCCGUAAGGGUCGAGAGCGCCACCUCUUCCUCUUCGAGAUGUCUCUGGUCUUCAGCAAGGAGGUCAAGGACUCGAAUGGCCGGAGUAAAUACAUCUACAAGAGCAAACUCUUGACAUCAGAGUUGGGGGUGACGGAGCACGUUGAAGGAGAUCCAUGUAAAUUUGCUUUGUGGGUGGGACGCACCCCAACCUCCGACAACAAGAUUGUGCUCAAGGCUUCCAACAUUGAGAACAAGCAAGACUGGAUCAAGCACAUCAGGGAGGUGAUUCAGGAGCGCACGAUUCACCUGAGAGGGGCCCUCAAGGAGCCCAUACACAUCCCUAAAGCUACUACAGCCAAGCAUCACAAGGGCCGAAGGGAUGUGGAGGACCUGGACAGUCAGGGCGAGGGCAGCAGCCAGCCAGACACCAUCUCUCUAGCAUCGCGCACCUCUCAGAACACACUGGACAGCGACAAGCUCUCCGGGGGCUGUGAGCUGACUGUGGUCAUACACGACUUCAUGGCCAGCAACAGCAACGAGCUGACGGUGCGGCGCGGUCAGACGGUGGAGGUUCUGGAGCGGUGUCACGACAAGCCGGACUGGUGCCUGGUCCGGACCACGGACCGCUCCCCCGCCCAGGAGGGCCUGGUUCCCUGCUCCAUGCUCUGCAUCGCCCACUCCAGGUCCUCCAUGGAGAUGGAGGGUAUUUUCAACCACAAAGACACGCUGUCAGUCUGCAGCAGCGACUCCAUCAUGCCGGGAUCGUCUGCUACUCUUCAGCCAGGCCACGGCAUGGGCUCCCACACCUCACCAGGGCCUAAGCGACCAGGGAACACCCUGCGCAAAUGGCUCACCAGUCCCGUGCGCCGGCUAAGCAGCGGCAAGGCGGACGGCCACGUGAAGAAACUCGCCCACAAGCACAAGAAGAGCCGCGACGUGAGGAAGAGCGGGGAGAUCAUGAUAGGCUCCCAGAAGGACUCGGACGACAGCGCCGCGACGCCGCAGGAUGAAACUCUGGAGGAGCCUUGUGUGUUGCAGAGGGUUCGUAAUGAAGGUCUGUCGAGUGGUACGUUGUCCAAGUCUAGUUCUUCGGGCAUGCAGAGCUGUGGAGAGGAGGAAGGUGAAGAGGGUGCUGACUCGGUGCCCCUCCCUCCACCCAUGGCCAUCCAGCAACACAGCCUCCUGCAAGCCGACUCACAGGAUGACAAGACGUCUUCUCGUUUGUCAGUGCGUCCGUCCAGUUCAGAGACGCCCAGCGCCGCUGAGCUGGUCAGCGCCAUUGAGGAGUUGGUCAAAAGCAAGAUGGCUCUGGAGGACAGGCCCAGCUCUCUGUCGGUAGAUCAGGGCGACAGCAGCUCUCCCUCCUUCAACCCCUCCGAUAACUCCCUCAUGUCCUCCUCUUCCCCCAUCGAAGAGAUGGACGAGCGGCGGGCUAGCAUCCUCAAGAAAAGACACUUUAUUUUGCUGGAGUUGGCGGAGACGGAGCGAGAGUACGUCAGAGAUCUCAGCCUGGUGGUGGAGGGCUACAUGAGCAGGAUGAAGGAAGAGGGACUCCCGGAUGACAUGAAGGGGAAGGACAAGAUUGUGUUUGGCAACAUUCAACAAAUCUAUGACUGGCACAAAGAUUACUUCCUCAGGGAGUUGGAAAAAUGUUUGGAGGACCCUGACAGACUGGGGCCCCUCUUUCUCAAACAGGAACGGAGGCUCAACAUGUACGUAGUGUACUGUCAGAACAAGCCCAAAUCAGAGCACAUUGUCUCUGAGUACAUUGACACCUACUUUGAGGACCUGAAGCAGCGGCUGGGGCACAGGACGCCCAUCACAGACCUGCUCAUCAAGCCCGUCCAGCGGAUCAUGAAGUACCAGCUGCUGCUCAAGGAUUUCCAUAAACACUCUAAAAAGGCAGGGCUCGAGUCCGUAGACUUAGAGAAAGCAGUGGAAAUCAUGUGCAUCGUGCCAAAAAGGUGUAAUGACAUGAUGAACGUUGGCCGGCUUCAGGGAUUUGAUGGGAAGAUAGUGGCUCAGGGCCGCCUGUUGCUUCAGGACACAUUCAUGGUGUCGGACCCGGAGGGGGAUGUUCUGGGCCGGAUGAAGGAGAGGAGAGUGUUCCUGUUCGAGCAGCUCGUCAUCUUCAGUGAGCCCCUGGACAAGAAGAAAGGCUUCUCUCUGCCGGGCUUCCUCUACAAGAACAGCAUCAAGAUAAGCUGUUUGGGUCUGGAGGAGAACGUGGAGGGCGAUGCCUGCAAGUUCAUUCUCACUUCUCGGCUCACCACCGGCAGCGUGGAGUCUUUUGUGCUUCACUCCUCCCACCCAGGAGUGCGGGAGGUUUGGACCCUUCAGAUCAGCCAGAUACUUGAAAGCCAAAGAAACUUCCUCAACGCUCUGACCUCGCCCAUGGAGUAUCCGAGGAACCACGUGGGGGCGAGCGGCGCUCCCUGUGCCCCCGGCGUGGGACCUCCAGGUGGAGGCGCUGGGGGUCCGAGUGCACCCCCUGGAACCGGAGGCUCCCAGAGCAGCUCCAACCCCUCGGGACCCCAGGGCGGCUCCCGCCGGCCUUCCCGGAUCCCACAGCCCUCGCGCCUGCCCCAGCCCCUACGCCACCACCCCGGGGCCGACGCAGACGGCCCCAACAAGAUGUCAGGGGGUAGUCCGCAGGGCAAGCGCCCAGCCCAGACCCCUGAGGACCCGCCACAGAACCCCACUCCCACCAGCACCGUAGCCCCCAUCCCACGCGCCCCAGUCGCGUCUCUGCCCUCCACACCGACCUCCAAAGCCCGGCCCGGAGCCGUGUGCUUAUCCGCCGCCUCGCCCCUGAUCGCUCCCGCCGCAGGCAAGGACGCCCUUCCCCCUCCGCCUCCUAGCCCGGGCCAAAAGUCCGGGUCUGGGUUCUGGAGCUCCAUCCCGGGCUCCCCGGCCAGCCGGCCUGGCUCGUUCACCUUCCAGGGAGAGGCGGGAGACGCCGCGGUCCGUCAGAACUCAAACCAGAUCCACUCCGGCUCCGGGAGUCACAGACACUCGACGCACAGCAAGGAGGCCGACCGCAUGAGUACGUGCUCCUCGGCCAGCGAGCAGUCCAUCCACUCCACCCAGAGUAACGGGAGUGAAAGCAGCAGCAGCAGUAGUGUGUCCACCAUGUUGGUGACCCAGGACUACAUGGCUGUGAAGGAGGACGAGAUCAGCGUCAGUCAGGGAGAGGUGGUCCAGAUUUUGGCGAGCAACCAGCAAAACAUGUUCCUAGUGUUCAGGGCGGCGACUGAGCAAGGCCCCGCCGCCGAGGGCUGGAUCCCAGGAUUCGUGCUGGGACACACCUCAGCCAUCGUCCCCGACUGCCCCGAGACACCCACCAAAAAGUCUUCCUGGCAUACAUCCCUGCGCAUUCGUAAAAAGUCUGAAAAAAAGGAGAAGGAGACCAAGCUGGAGAACGGUUACAGAAAGUCCAGAGAUGGGAUGACUAAUAAAGUUUCUGUAAAGGUGAGUUUCAGUUCCCCUCAAGAACCUGUCCCGAUCCUCUCAAGUCUCCUUUUCCAUCUGACUUUCUUUUUAAUUUUCCAGCUUCUAAAUCCCAACUACAUCUACGAUGCUCCCCCAGAGUUCCUCGUACCUCUGAGCGACGUGACGUGUGACAACGGAGAGAGCGUCACCCUCAGGUGUAAGGUCUGCGGUCGACCCAGCACCACGGUCACCUGGAAAGGCCCCGACCAGAGCAACCUCACCAAUAACGGACACUUCAGCAUCGCCCACAGUGACACGGGUGAAGCCACGUUGCGGAUAAUCGGCACGGCCUCUGAGGACGAUGGCGUUUACACUUGUAUCGCCACCAAUGAGCUGGGCAGCGUAGCUUCGUCAGCGAGCCUCAGAGUGCUGGCGAUUACUUCUGACGGGGUCCGAGUGAGCUGGAAGGACAACUUUGAGUCUCACUACGCUGAGGUGGUUGAACUGGGAAGGGGUCGUUUCUCUGUGGUGAAGCGCUGCGACCACCAGGGCACCAAGCGCACGGUGGCGGUGAAACACGUCAACAAGAAGCUGAUGAGAAGAGACCAGGUGACUCAGGAACUCAACCUGCUCUGGAGACUUCAACACCCGCACAUAGUGGGCCUGAUCGACACGUACGAGACCCCCAGCAGCUACGCCCUCGUCCUGGAGAUGGCCGACCAGGGCCGUCUCCUGGACUACAUCGUCAGCUGGGGGAAUCUGACCGAAGAGAAAGUGGCCUGCUACCUGAGGAACGUUUUAGAAGCUUUACAUUACCUCCACAACUGCAGAAUAGUACAUCUGGACAUAAAGCCUGAGAACCUGCUGGUCGUCCACAACUCCAGCGGUCAGCCGACCGUCAAACUCACGGACUUCGGCGACGCCGUCCAGCUCAACAGCGCCCACUACGUCCAUCCUCUGCUGGGCAGCCCCGAGUUCGCGUCCCCAGAGUUGGUCCUGGGGGACCCCGUCUUCUUGACCUCCGACCUGUGGAGCCUGGGCGUGGUCACCUACGUGCUGCUGAGCGGCGCCUCCCCCUUCCUGGACGAGAGCGCGGAGGAGACGUGCCUCAACAUCUGCCGGCUGGACUUCAGCUUCCCCAAGGAUUACUUCCAGGGUGUGAGCCAGGAGGCCCGGGACCUGGUGUGCCUGCUGCUGAGGACGGACCCGGGCCGGAGACCCCCGGCCGGGCUCUGUCUGCAGGAGCCGUGGCUGCAGGCGGGCCCGGGGGACGGGCGGGCCAGGGCAGAGUGCUGCCUGGACACGUCCCGCCUCAUCUCCUUCAUAGACCGGAGGAAACACCAGACGGACGCCCGGCCCAUCGGAGGAGUCCGGGGCUUCAUUCAGGCCCGCCUUCAGUCUCAAGUUUGAACACAUCUUUCUCUCUCUGCUGCCUCAACGACCUCACCACCACAGAGGGGGGGGGGCACAGGUCCUCCGGAGUCUCUAGUGUAGAUUUAAAAAGAAAAAGUGAAUGCUGAUCUUGUCCUCUUUCACAGAACCAGUGAACACCGGUAGUCCUGCCAGCGGCUCCAAUGAACUGCUGAGGUCCAAACAAAUUGAAUCCCUUGAACAGUCGUCCCCGAUCACGAGAUGAAUGGAUGCCCUUAUCUACUGCUGCUGCUGGUCUUAACUCGAAAAAGAUUUUUUAAUUCAGUGGGGGAAAAGAAUAGAUAAAUCAAGUAACUUAUUUUAUUUUAUUUGAUCAGAGGAGCCGGUUGGUGGAGCUCUGACGCCACUGCACAGGUGCCGAGCUUUCAGGAGAGAGUGAUGUCAGCCAAGCUAGUGAUGACGCCGAGAGCCAGCGGGCAAAACGUGCUGCGGCUUUUUGCUCUUUUACACUAAAGCUGUUACUCUGAUGCUUUGGAGAAGCAGCCCUUUCUUAUAGAAACAAUGUAAAGAAAAAGUAUUGUCUCUUUGUUUAAGUUAAAAACAAAACAAACAAAAAAACUAAACUGUAUGAUGAUGUCUUCAGUUGAAGGUUGCUGAGCUUCUUUGGACUCUGUAGACAAAGGAAACAGCGACCGAGCUUUUUGAUGGCUGCGCUUACAUAACGUUCAUAAUCUUAAGUUACCACGGUCGCCACGUCGAGUACCGAUGCUGCGCUGUCCAGUCCCCGAAGGAACUACAGGCAUCCAUCGAUUCGCUUUCUCCAGAACAAAACAGAUGUGACAUGUUUAAGCCUUACCUUGUACAUAGACUUAUGCCUUCUUUCUCCUCACGUUCACUGCCGACUCCUGCUUUUGGACAGCGGGACACGGGACAGUUGGAGCUUUAGCGGCAGCGGCGACUGCCAAUCAGAUGAGCGUGAAUGUGGAGGCCGAGGAAGGCGACUUACUGUAAAUGCACUCAUUGUAUGUUAUGUUUGAUUAUCAUGUGCAAUGUUGCGGCUUUAACAUUUUAUGCAACUAUUUAUGAAGACAUCUGUUGUAUCUGUAAUAAAUCUAGAGAAAAAGCAUGUACUCGGUACUGCAAGCACUGCUGGUAGUUUGUGUUUAUUUGAUCGCUGAGUGUUACGACUGCCAGGCCACGUUAGGGUAUCAAUCUCCGAUCGCAACGGUUUGAUCAAAAAUAAUUUAACAGUUUUUGUACUGUAUGCCUCUGUAGUAUUGGUACACCAAAGUCGCUCUAGCUUUAUAGUACUUAAAAAGGUAUAAUUGUGAUUGUUUCACUUGGGUAGGGUAAUUGAUGAUUGGGGGAAAUGAUUGUUUACAAAUAUUGGAUCAGGAGGAACUCUUUGUCUCCAUAAGACCUUUAGAAAAAGGCAGGAGAUUGAAGGAUUUUGUGAUUCACCGAGGGGAUCAAGAGUUGAGUUAUUUACUAGACGAUGUUUGGAUUUUAUGUUCAGAUACUAGUUGCCAAAAUAUCUUCUCCAUAAUUUCCUCUCAUUAAAGUGAAAUAAUCCUGAAAAUAGUCAAAUUUAAUUUGCAAGAUAGCUAUUGUAAAAACGAGAAAUUCAGUUGGGAUGUGAAAUGUUUUUUAACAAAAACGGGCGCCCCGUUAGUUUUUUAUUUAUUCAAAGUUGUGCACACAGGCCAUUAAAAACAAGUAACUUGGACUGAUUACCUCAGUUUAGGUUUGUUUUGUUUUUUUCCUUCCCAUCAUUUUGUCUUUUUGUUGUAUUUGUUUCCUGUUUUAUUGUUUGAUAAAUUACAUGUUUACUACUUUUUUUCUUUUUUUUUUAAUCUUUGCAUGUAUAUUUUUGUACAGAUCAUACAUAUAUUAUCUCUUGUAAAUAUUCUCAUUUUGUCAUCAGUCAUUUGCAAAUUAAAUAUAAUGAACACA